UCUGACUAGAGCUCUCAUGCCGCGAUGGACGUGAACCGUCACUGAAUUCCGAAGGGCCACGCAGUCGCGGCGACGCGCUAAAGGGUCGGCACGAUGUCCGCGUCGGGCGGUCCAAAACCAAAAGGCCCAGAGCGCCUGCAGCUGGCGUUCCAAGAAAUAUACGCAGCCGAUCUUGGACCCUGGCCAAGCUAUGACACCAAGUCGUCACCGCUCGGGGCUCGCGGCACCCAGCCUCCAGGCGCCGCUAGUAGGCCCUCGCCCUCCUACGCCAACACGCCUAGCGCGCUUGUGCGCAGGAGCCUGCAACAACAACAACAACAACAACAACAGCAGCAGCAACCACAGCAGUCGCAGCAGCAGCAGCAGCAGCAGCUUUGCUCCACAGUGGAGCAGGUAGAGGAGCUGCUCGCGGGCGGCAGCCGGGCGGCGGCAGCGGCGGCCACCACGCCGGGCCGCAAGGCGGCAGGAGCAGGCGGCUACGCCUCGCGCCACACGCAGCGAGCCGCGUACGCGGCGGCGGCGGGGUCCCCAGGGGCGGGCCCGGCGGGCGGCCUUCCACCCACAGCCUCGUCUCCGGCGGGCAGCAAGGCCGCUGCCUCGCCUGGGGGCCGGGCUGGCGCGGCUGCAGCGGCAGGAGCGGCCCGAGCUGCAGGCAAGGCCGCGGCGGGCACUGCCGCCGGUGGCGCCGACGCGAAGGCUGCUGGGGCGUCAACCGGCAAGGCUGCCGGCCAGUCCCGCGGCAAGGGCGCAGCCGCAGGCGGCCGCACCGCGGGCGCCGCCACGUCGGCCGUCAUCGCCGCCCUGGCGCUGGACGCGUCGCUGUCGGACCUGGACCCAUCUGCACUGGCGCUGCUGGAAGCCAUCAUGUCGCCAGCCGAUGCGGCGGCUGCGGCCGCCAACAGCAAGGGCGCCGCCGCCCCAGCGGCUGCCGCCGCCACCGGAGCAACAGCGGCGGUGCCGGUAGCAGCCGCAGCCGCAGGCAUCCUGACCUCGCCGGUCACGCCGGCGGGAACCGCGGCUCUGCCACCGCGGCCGCCACAGGUCCGCGCGUCGCUGGACGGCUCGUUCGCGGCCGCUGCCGACGCGCCUCGCUCAGGUUGCGCCGCCGACGCCCGCUCCCAGGCCGCCAGCGCAGCCGAGUCCCCGGCGGCGGGCUCACUGACCGCGGCCAUGGCCCAGAGGGCGGUGGCGGCAGCUGCCGCGGGCGACUCACGCCGCAACAGCCCGCGCGAGCUGGCCAGCGUCGGCGCCGCAGGUGGUGGCGGUGGCGGCGGCGGCAACGGUGGCGCAAGCACACUGCCUUCCGAUGUUUCCUUGCAUCUGCCGCACUCGAGCGCGCCGUCGGCGACCGGCAGCGCGACCUCGGCGGCCACCGCGCCGCCGCUGGCGCCGCCACCGCGCGCCGGCAGCGGCAAGCCUGGCAGCUGCUCCUACCCCUCGGGUUCCGCCCGCGCGCCCCUGCCGCAGAGCAGCAUGAGCGCGGGGGGCCUCGUCCCCACAGGCGCCGCCGGCGCCGGCGCCCUCCCUGCCGACGCCGACGAGGUGGCGGAGGAGGACUGCGGCGCGGCGGCGUCGGAUGUGGAGGACGGCGGCUGCGUCAGCGACGGCGAGGGCGCCUCCUCCCGCGGCGGCCGCAACACCGCAGGCCAGACACAGGCGCAGCGCGGCACCGGUGCUGGCGCGGGCCACAGCAGCGCAAACAACCUGAACGCGGCGGCCGUCGGUGCGCAGGGCGGCGGCGGCGGCGCCCGGGAGCUCAUCAAGCGGUUGUGCCGCUCACACGCCACACGCACGCUGUCCAACCGCUCACUGCGCGUCGCGGCGGGGCGGCCGCUGACGUACGCCGAGCUGCAAGGAUCGUCGCGCCUGCAGGGCUGCGCCUCAGCCGCCACGGACCCCGCCGCGCCCGCCAGCGGCGCCACAAGCCGCCGCACCACAGGCGAGCGGCCCUCCGCUGGCGACCGCCCCUCCACCGCCAGCGCCGGCGCCGGCCUGCUCCGAGGCAUGGCUGACAACAACCUGUCUGACAGGACCAUCCCUGAGGAGUCGGGCGGCCAGAGCGCGCCCAACUCCGUCAGCUCCGUGGCCGGAGCCGCCCGCGCAGCCGAGGCAACGGCCGCGCUUGCGGCGGCUGCGGCGGCGGGCGACGCAGCUCCCGCCGCCGCCGGCCAGUCUGGGCGGCUGAGCCAGCGGGUGUCGCAAGGCAGGCAGCAGACGCCGCCUGCCGCGCAGCCGCCCAAGCAAGCAGAGGUUAAGAAGCGGGGCUUCUUUGCGCGGCUGUUUUCCUGCUUUGGCGGCGGCGGAGGCGAAAAGGGCAGCCAGCUGUGCAACACGAGCAGCGGCAGCGCAAGCGCUGGCGCGGCGGUGGCGUCCGUGCCUGCCGCUAUGCCCACCGCUGCUGCUGUCGAGCAACCGGUGCUGUCGGAUGGCGGCGGUCUGCUGCUGAAGCGGUCGCUCAGCGUCGGCACCGGCGCACCGGCGUCCUUCCCCAUCAAUAUCGACGCGGCGGCAGCCGGCGGCGAGCCAGGCAAGACGCGCGGAGCAGCGCCGGGCAUUCCCAUGCCUGCGGAGUUUGACCCGGCCUUCGCCACCGCCACCGGUGGCCUGUCCGGCGCUGCGCCGCUCGGCUCCGAUGCGUCGGUCGCCUCCGUGCCCACGUCGCCGCGCUCGCCCCUUGGCACCACCGCCGCCGCCGCUGCUGCGCCCGCCCCAGUCGCGGCCGGCAGCAGCCGCCUUGCAGCCAUGGCCUCUGUGGGCUCCUCCUCCCUGCUGCCGCCAGCGCAGUCCAUGUCCCAGCCGCAGCAGCGCAGCCCGCUUCCCGGCGGCGCCGUCGCCUCACGCCGCGGCGGCUACGCGCUCGCCAGCCCCGCCGGCGGCGGCGCCUCUUACAGCGGCAAUGGCCCGCAGCCGCUGCGCGCGUCCACGGACACCGGCCCCUCCUCCCUCAUCAUGCGCAGCUUUGACGGCAACCCCGCCGCCGCCGCUAUGGGCCCCGCCACUGCCGGCGGCGCCGCGCCGGCGUCGGCGGCGGCGUCGCCGCUGGGCAGCAGCCGCGGCUCCCAUCGCCAGGUUGCCCGCAGCGCCUCCCGCCCGGGCAGCGCCUUGGCGGCAGCAGCCGCGGAGGCGGGAGCGGGCCGCGGCGGCCAGUUCCGCACCGGCACCAGCACCGGCACCGGCUCCGCCGCGCCAGUAAGCACUCACGGUCACAGCGCGGAGCGCCUGCAGCGCGCCAUCUCUGACGGCACCGCCAUCGGCGCGCACCCGCCGGCUGCACGCAGCCGCCUCAGCCCUGGCGGCGCGCGGGACCGCCGUGCCACGGUCGAGGCGGCGAUGGCCUACGAGGACGCCGCACCCGGCACUGGCGCGGGCGCGACCGCCGCCGCUGGGGGCGGAUCCCACAGCGCCUCGCCCAACCACGUGACCGCUGGUGACGCCACAGCCGCGCCCGUGCCCGGAGCGGGCUUGCCGCCGCUGCUCUUCUCUGACGCGCCAUCGCUGCGGCCCGCUGCCGCUGCCGCCGGUUCUGCACCCUCUGAGGCGCCGCUAGCCGGAACGGUGGCUACAGCCGUGGCGGCGCUGACCGGCGGCCGCUACAGCCGCAAGCGCACGCGCGCCACACACCCCACCGGCGGCAGCCUAGCGCACCUGGACGCCAAGAAGCUGGCGGCGCUGCCUCUGGAGGAGAUGCUGGAGACCAUACAGGCCGCCAUCGAGGCCGACGACGCCGCCCGCGGCCGCCAGAGCCAGCAGGCGCCGCAGCAGCACCUGUCCGCGGACGGGGCGGUGGCGGCGCGCGUCGCCUCCAUCCGCCGGCGCCGCAGCGCUGCUGGCGCCCGCGGCAACGGAGCCGCUGCAGCGGGCGCAGGCGCAGGCGGCGCGAGCACAGCGGCGGUGCAGAUGACGCCUGGUGGUAAAGGCGGCGCAGCGGACGGUGGCGGCCGCCGGCGCCGCCGCCGGCGCGUCAAGAACCCCAAGCGCGCCACCGGCGCUUCCAACGCGCCGCCGCUCGCGGCAGUGGCCAGUCAGCCGCAGGUGUCCCCAGGCGUGCCGGCGCUGCUGCUGCAGGCGCAGCGCUCCAGCCCGGCCUUUGGCGCCACCGCCGCCGCCGGCGCCGGCGCCACUGCUGCUGCCGCCGGCUCGGCUGCCAAGCCCGAGUGGCGUCACGGCGGCCGCGCCCUGGCAUUCAACGGCAUUGGCAUCGCCGGCGCGCCCGCCCUGCCGAGCUCCAUCGGCAUUGUGAUCUCGCCUCGCGAGCCCCACACUGCCGGCGCCGCCUCCGCCGCCGGCAGCGCCUCCGCCUCCGCCGCCGCACGUGCCUCCGUGGAUUCAUACUUCGGUCUGGUACGGCAGCCGCCGUACAAGAAGCCGCUGCUGUCCCGCAACAGCCCGUCGCCGCCGCGGCCCAGCGUGUCGCCGUCGUUGUCGUCGCCGCCACCGCUGGCGGCGAUGGCGGCGGCGUCGUCCAGCCCAGCAGCACCUAUGGCGGCGCCGGCGGCGGGGCCGCCGGCUGGCCACACAACGCUGGAGGUAGGUCCGGCCGUGGCGGCGGUGCUCCGCGCCUCGGCGCCCGUGCACCCCACGGCCUCGCUGGCGGCGGCGGCGGCGGCGGCGUCACCGCCCCUGGGCACCACGGGACGGGCGGUGAGCAGGCUGCUGCUUCAGAGCGACCCUGCCGCCGCCGCGCCGGUGACCUCGUCCCUGGACCUCACCUCCCUCAUCUCUAGCGCUGGCGCUGGCAUCGGCUACUCACGUGCCGGCACCCCGACCAGCAUGCCCCCGGGGGCGGCCUCGCCCGCGCCUGACGCCGCCAGCCCGUCGAGGAGGCCAGCGCUUGCUAGCAGCUGCAAGGAUGCAGGCGCCGUCGCGGCUGUGACGAUGGGCAAGGACAAGGCCGGCAAGGACGUUUCCAUUGCUGCCGCCUCUGGCCCUUCAGAGGCGCAGCUAUUUUCGCAGCUUAUGGAUCUGAUCAGUCGCGGCAUGGAGGUUGAGCAAAACGUGCUGGGCCGCGGCGGCGACAGCGGUGAUGCGGCCAAGGCGCUGGCACAGGCGCCGAAGCCGCAGGUGCUGGCGACACAGCGGCCGCUGCCGCCGCCGCCUGCUGUGGUGGUGCCGGUGAUGGAUGUGCACGUGUUCGAGGAGCAGCACCCGCACCACAGGCAGGCGCACCAGCAGCAGCAGGCGUCCAGGGGCUACCAGCUGCUGCUGAAGCGGCCGGCCACGCCGCCCGCGGCCACCGCCAUCAGCCUGGCGGAGCUGCUGUCCCGCGCGCCGCCGGCGGCAGCAGCGGCGGCGGCGGCGGGGGCGCAGGAGGUCAGCGCAGGUGCAGCAGAGGCGGGUGCGGCGGAGGCGGAGGCGGCGGCAGCAGGAGCCGUGGUGGCGGUGAAGCCACUGGAGGCGGAGGCUGUGCCUGAGGAUGAGAGCUUCCACUGCUCAGGAGAGGCUGACGAGGAGGUGGCAGAAGAGGAGGAGCAGCAUGAGGCGGACGGGGGUGAGGAGCAGCAGGAGGAGGCGGAGGCCGUGGACGACAGCUCGCUGCCGCAGCCCUACUGCGCCACAACCGCUAGCGCUACAGCCACCCCCACCGCCGCCGCGACCGAGGCGAUGGCCAGCCAGGCUGCUGCUCCAGGCCCAGCCGUGAAGGUGCAGGUGAAGAUGAGCACGCUGGAGUCGGCCAUCAGUGAGGCGCUCUCAGCCGACGUGCCGCAGCCUCCAGCCGCUGCCGCGGCCUCCGACGUUGUGCUGCACUGCUCCGGUUCCACAGCUGUGAGCGAGUUCGACCGCGAGCAGCAGGCAGCUUCUGGUCUGCUCUCCCGCACCUCCACCGCCGCCUCCGACGACAACAGGGCAGCCGGCGGCGACGGGGCCGGCAGCAUCAGCGGUGCCAGCGCAAGCGAGCCGCUCAAAGCCACGCUGAGCUCUGAGGCGCCGGCUAUGACCAAGCUCGACAGCCGCAGCGUCAGCUACGUCCGCCUGUCGCUGUCGCAGCAGGCGCACGCGCAGCAGGCCGCCGCCGCCCCGCCGCCGCCGCACUACGCGGCGCCCACGGUUGCCAGCGCCGCCGCCAGCGGCCAGCGCGCCAGCAGCAGCUCUGGCGGCGGUGGCGGCGCAGCAGCGCCCUCAGAAGGCGGCCGCCGGGUCAGCUUGAGCGGUGGCGGCGGCGGCGGCGCGCGCGAUGUGGGCCGCUCGCCGCUGCGGCAGCGUGCGCACUCGCCGCCUCCCGGCUCCUACUCGGCACUGGCGGCGGCACGGCUAUCCGGCGCCGGCAUCAACCCAUCCCCAUCAGCCACCACCACGCCCACCAAGGCGCCACCUCUGCCACCGCCGCUGCCGACUGCGGCUGCGCCGGCCGCCUCGCCUGCUCGCGCCGUGGCGCCGUUCACGCUGCCGCUGGUUGAGUCGGGUGCCGCGGUGGCCGCGGUGCUGCACUCCACACCGUCAGUGGGGGAGCUCUCGUCGGGCACCGUCGCUGGGCGGGUGUCCGGCGGCCUGGUCGAUGAGCAGUGCACGUCGGGGGCUACGCAGGAGGUGGUGGUGGCGCCGGGCUGCGGGAUACCGCCGGCGGAGGCAGUGGCAGAGGCGGAAGCGGUGGUGGAAGCGGUGACUGCGCGUGGUGAUGACGGGCGGGACCGGAUGUCCAGCUCCUUCAAGGCGCCCGCCUCACAGCGAGACCUCGGCGGCAGCGGCAUCUGCAGCGGUGCCUUCGAGUCCGUGCUGACGGCGGAAGAGGUGGAGGAGGUCGCCGCGGAGGCGGCCGCGGAGGAGCCGUCGGCCUUCCGGGAUGAGGAGGUGGUCAUGGCGGUGGCGGUGGCUGGGGUGGCGGCACCUGUGGUUGGAGCUGCUGCAGGCGCCGCACUGCUGGUGUAUGAGGCCGCGCUCAGCCCUCGGACCUCCGCGGGCGCCGGCUGGGACGCCACCGUUGCAUUUGAGGACAUACCCGCCUCCUCCCACGCCCCCACACCGGCAGCUGCUGCUGCCUCGGCGGCCGUCCAGCAGGCGGUGGCGGCACCCGCUGCGCCCGCUGCAGCCGAUCCCCCCGCAGCGGCAGUGGCGGCUGUGGCUGCGAUCAGCGUCGCCGGCGGCAGCGGCAGCGGUAUCGGUUGCGCCCGUGGCAGCCAUCAUGACAGCGGCUCGAUUGACCUGGAUGCGUAUGAGAAGUCGCUUGCGGAGUUUGAUCCCUACCUCAACAGCGGAGGGCCUGCCCCGGCUGUCGUGAAGCAGCCGGUCCCGUGAGGGCCGAAAGAGAAAUGCGGAAUUGAGGACAGCAUGACCACGUGGAUUCAUCAAGGACUCGAACAUGUAUGUGUAAGGGGCGGGCACAUGCCUGUUGUAGAGGGUUAUUGAGCUGUGUGUAGGGGUGGCCUUGAAAGGCAAUCCUUUGACGACAAUAAAAAGGGUGCCAAGAGGUGUUGCGGCGACUUGUAACUGUGGAUGGAGAACAUGGCGGACGUCAGAGCGCUAUGCCAGGACCGGCAGGCACAUAUGUGCUUUGGUUUGCUACCCUUGGCUACAGAACAACUGCGCAGCUCUAUUUGGUGCCGAUACACGAUCGACAGGACGUAUGCUUGUUGUUGCGUCCAUGCGUAAAGACGGACAAGGGGUAUUCAGCUUACCGUAUCAUGACGCUUCAGUGGACCCCAUACCCCGGUGUGGCCUCACCAUGCCUAUGAAGAUUUUGACCCUUGCAAGAAGGCAAGACAGCCACGACGAUCCUUGUAUGUAUGUAACCUCCACUGUAA